AAGCAAGCUUAGCCUUAUCAAAUUGUGUGGCGAAGAAUGAAGAUUGUACAAUGUAGAUAGAAAAAAAUCCCCCAUUCCCAUUCCCAAUUCCCUUUCCAAUCUCCACCCCAUUUCUUUUCUCAAUCCGCCAUUGUUAUCUCUCUCAGACCUCUGUAACCUUCAUUUCUACUCAGCCAUGGCGAACGUUAUCAUGGCCUCUUCCAAACCCCCCUCUCCUCCCCUUUCCAUCUCCAACAAAACCCCCAAAUUCUCCAUCCCCAAAACCCUAACCCUAAUCCCACAAUUCCUCAAAAAGCCCCAAUCCAUCUCCCUCUCCACCUCCACUCUCAAAUCCCUCUCCCUCUUCGCCGCUACAUCUCUCUCCUUCGCUCCCCCUUCCCUCGCUGAAGAGAUCGAAAAGGCCGCUCUCUUCGACUUCAACCUCACUCUCCCUAUCAUGAUGGCUCAAUUCCUCCUCCUCAUGGUCGGUCUCGACAAACUCUACUUCUCCCCACUCGGGAAAUUCAUGGACGAAAGAGACACCGCCAUUAAAGAGAAGCUGAAUAGCGUUAAAGACACUUCCGAGGAGGUCAAGCAGCUGGACGAUCAAGCUGCCGCUGUCAUGAGAGCUGCUAGAGCGGAGAUUUCGGCGGCGCUUACUAAGAUGAAGAAGGAAACUCAAGCGGAGGUGGAGGAGAAACUGGCGGAGGGGAGAAAGAGAAUUGAUGUGGAGUUGCAGGAAGCAUUGGCGAAUUUGGAGAAUCAGAAAGCGGAAACCAUUAAAUCACUUGAUGCUCAAAUUGCUGCUCUUAGUGAUGACAUCGUCAAAAAGGUUCUUCCUGUUUAAAUCCAUUCCUGUUCUGUUCUGUUCUUAGGGUUCUAAUGGGCUUUUACCAUCGAUCGAUCAUUAUAUGGGUUUCGAUCUGAUUUCAUUUCUACUUAUAUAUUUUUGCCUUGUAAUCAUAAUGAACCAACAAAUUCAAUGUAUAAAACAAUUAAACAUCGUUUUUUUUAUUUAUUUAUUU